CACACAGAAAAUCAAUCGAGUAGCAAUGUCGUUUCACCUCAAACUCCUACUGCGAUUCCUUCUUCUUAAUUUUCCCUUGCUGUCUCUUUGCAAGCGGAUGGACUCGAGUUUCCCAUACGCAAUAACACUGGGUCCUUCGAGAAUAUUUGCAUCCAGGGCAACACAGAAUGGCGAAGUCGAAGUCUUUCCUUUCAAUCCUGGCCAUGGGUAUACGACGUAUCUCGAUGGUGUUAUUCAGCACUACGCAAGAGAGCCAUCGAAGCAAUCUCCACGAAACGAACAUGCGGCCCUUCCCAUAAUACGUGACGCCAUCAACAACAUCAGCAAAGAAUUGAGUGCAACGCUAGGUUAUGAACCGGUUUAUCGAGCACUCCUUCUACCAACACUCUUCGACGACUCGUCAUCGGGGGCGGCAAUUGACGUGCUUUUUCCGAAUGGCACGGCCCUUGCUCCAGGAGGACCUAACCAUGUCACGGACGUGGCUGGUGCAGCAGGUUACGCAUACCAUUUAGACCAGUGUGAGAAUCUUGGUCUUUCACCUUCCGAGUGUACCAAAAUCAAUCUAUUGCCCAAAUUUCUUCUUGUUGUGGAGUACGAGCAUGAUUAUCUCCACCUUCACCUCGCAUCGGUGGAUGUAAGGCAUCAAUUGUUUCCAAUCAUCCGUAGCCAGCAUUUCGAAACGUUUGGAGAGGGAAGUAGAGAUCGUCUAAGUCAAAGCCUUGGAAUGAAGAGGUACCGUGCACACUUAUCCGAUUCCAUCAAGAACUUCAUAAAGACCGGAGGCGGUCACCUUUACAGGCCCUUUAAAGCGGAACAUAUUAGAGCUAUUGUUGGAUUUGGAGAUGCACCUGGCGAAGCCUUCACUGAACUCCUAAACAUUACAUACGAGGCGGUGGGCAAUGAAAGGGCAAAAAUCAUGAGCGGCAUAGAUCCAGCGUAUGUGGCAGCAUAUGGAGCAGCUAUGUUUGCACGAGAGACAGUAUUAAAACCAGAGCGCUGGCGGGUGCAUGGUGCGCAUUUGGAGUUGUAGUCGAAUUGGUUUUUU